AUGGAACGACAGGAGGGGGAUAGGGAGGCUGUGUUCGAUAACGAACUGUGGAAAGAGCACGAGCAGCAGCCUGCCAAUAUCGACUCGCCCAACAUCAACGACCAGGACUCCGACUAUCGGCCAUCAUCUCCACUCACCAAAGGAGAUGCCAAGGCAACGAAGAACAGCGCGGCACGCAAGGCCACAGGGAAGGAGAACGACUCACCAUUAUUCUCCAGCACAGCCAAAUCCAACAACAGGCCGCAGUCGGCCUAUAAAGCGCAAGCACCGGGCAGAUGCCCCAGUCGGCGAAGGGACCGUUUCGACAAGCUUAAGCAACCGCUCGUCGCUAAAGGAGGGAAGGAAAAGGGAAGGAAAGGCAAAGAAACUUCGAUCAAAUAA